CCUGGAGCAACAAUCCGGCGUUCUCUUUUUACCCACAAUUCUAUGCGCCGGAGGUGUUCUGUGAUUAAGAUGGCGGACUCCUCGGUCGAAAUCAUUGAAGGCUGCCGUCUUCCCGUGCUGCGAAAAAAUCAAGAAAAUGAAGACGAAUGGCCGUUGGCUGAAAUUCUCAGUGUCAAAGACAUUCCUGGGAGAAAGCUCUACUAUGUCCACUAUAUUGACUUUAAUAAGCGACUGGAUGAAUGGGUGACACCAGACCGGCUGGACUUAAAAAAGCUCCAGUUUCCCAAAAAGGAGGCAAAGACCCCUACGAAGAACGGCCUGCCAGGGUCUCGCCCCAGCUCCCCAGAGAGAGAUGUGAGGAAGAGUCUAGAUCUCAACGUUCAGUCUGCUUCAGCUCCAUCAAGAGGCAAAACCCUCCCCACACCGAAGAGAAAAGCAGAAUCUGUGUCUUUGGCAACACAAGUUACUGCAGCAACUCCAGUGCCUUCACUUCCUAGUUCUGCAGAAGCAAGUCAGGCCUCGGUCUAUCCAGCCAUGAGGGACACUUCCUUCAGCAUUAAAUCCAGAGAAGAACAUGAACCACUCACCUCUCUCACCACGAAUGGCACAGCACGUCGUCUUAUUCCUUCUCAGCCAGGGAGAAAAAGGAAAAAUUGCGGAGGGACUGAUGAGAUGGUAAAGGUGUUCCAGAAUAACAACCCUCGCUGCUCCACCGUCUAUUUGCCGCCAGGAGAGGAUUCCCAGGACAGUUCUGAUGGUAUCCCCUCUGCCCCUCGCAUGACUGGUAGUUUGGUGUCAGACCGCAGUCAUGAUGACAUCGUCACGCGAAUGAAGAACAUAGACUGUAUUGAGCUGGGCCGGCACAGGCUAAAGCCGUGGUACUUUUCUCCAUACCCACAGGAGCUCACCACCCUCCCCAUCCUCUACCUUUGUGAAUUUUGUCUUAAAUACCUCAAGAGCCUCAAGUGUCUCCAGAGGCACCUGACAAAAUGCAACCUUCGACACCCGCCAGGAAAUGAGAUCUAUCGCAAAGGAACUAUAUCCUUUUUUGAAAUAGAUGGCAGGAAAAACAAGACAUAUUCCCAAAAUUUGUGUUUAUUGGCCAAAUGCUUCCUGGACCACAAGACCCUGUACUAUGACACAGAUCCUUUCCUCUUCUAUGUUAUGACAGAGUAUGACUCAAAGGGAUUCCACAUAGUCGGCUACUUCUCCAAGGAAAAGGAAUCAACAGAAGACUAUAAUGUGGCCUGCAUUUUGACUUUACCACCGUACCAGAGAAGAGGCUAUGGCAAACUACUAAUUGAGUUUAGUUAUGAGCUCUCAAAAGUGGAAGGAAAGACGGGUACUCCAGAGAAGCCUCUGUCUGAUCUGGGUCUGCUCUCCUAUCGCUCUUACUGGUCUCAAACAAUUCUGGAGAUCCUCAUGAACCUCAAAUCGGAGAAUGGAGAACGGCCACAGAUCACCAUCAAUGAAAUCAGUGAGAUUACCAGUGUCAAGAAAGAGGAUGUGAUAUCAACUCUUCAAUACCUCAACCUCAUCAAUUAUUAUAAGGGUCAGUAUAUCCUCACCCUAUCGGAGGACAUAGUGGAAGGUCACGAGCGAGCCAUGCAGAAGCGUCACCUCCGUAUUGACCCCAAAUGUUUGCAUUUCACUCCUAAAGACUGGAGCAAGAGGGGCAAGUGGUAAAGACAAUGAUGACUGCUAGCAUCCAGCUAACAUGCCACAUCCCGCUCAAGGAAUUCAAUUCAAGAGACUGUAAUUGUUCCACAAACAGACUUGACUUGAAAAACAAAAACAGUGUAAUGUUGUUAAAGAUUCCACUGUCCACAUUUGCAUGUCAUGUGACCUACUUUUACAAAUUUCAUAUUCUGUGAAAUUCAUGUUAGUCUGUUAUGUCUGUAUGUGAGAAUGGAAGAAUGUGUUUUUAAUGUACUUUUCUCCCACCAUUUCAAUAGAUCCUCCUAGAUUCCUAUAUUUAUGGUCCAUGCCAUGUUUUAUUACUUUGACCAACAGUAUUCUACACACAAUGAUCAGCGCUCUGUAAUGACAUGACCUUAUUCGUUUUCAUUGGUGAGCUGGUUACUUCUGAUGAUACAAACCGUUGGUACAAAAUUUGCCAUUGCAGCUAUGAAUAUGCGGCCAAAACAAGCACAGAGCUAUUUCUGAUAAACACCUGGCAAUAUAUUUUUUAAUUUAAACUACUGCAUAUGUUUAACUUCUUAGUUUUGCCGACACAUGAAAGUCGCUGUUUGCAUAAAGUUAAACUUUUCUCAGCUUUGCUUAGCUGUGCAUGUCUACAUCGUCGCUGGAAGUCAGCAGCUCUCCAUUGAAAAUGAAUCCAAUCAUGUUGCUUUAUUGCGUGUCGCUGGUGGAGUGAACAGGGCUUGAAUGGGGCGUUACAAUGUCAUUGUGUCUGUACAUAAUAUACUACACUUAAAAUAAAUGUCUUUUCUAUACUGGUAUUAUAUGUGUCUAGGGUCAAAUGCACAUGGAUGUAUUUGAAUACCUGCACAUUUAUUACCUUUUUUUUUUUUUUUUUUUUUACUGAAUGUAAACCAGCAAACACUGCACAAAAUUGUUGUCUUUUAGGUAAAUAAAAAAAAAAAAAUUGUAAAACUUGUGUAUUGUUAGAAAUAGUAGCUUGAAAGUAUUUAUAAAGUCAUUUUCUGGCAUUUUAAA